CUCCAGGCCGGUCAGGGAGGACACUGAAAACCAGAGAAAAAAAAAAAAAAGGGCAAAAAGCAAAAAGCCAAGAAGCCGAAAAGAGAACUCUUCGCCCAAUUUGCUCAAGGCUUUAAUUUCCCAAGGGGGACCAUUUAAUUUCCACUUGUGACCCGUGCUGCGUUGCCGCUCAGUUAGCGCCCCUACUGUACGUCAAUUACAGUAGUGAUCCUGACCGACCUUUGAAAGCACAUCUCAAGCGCCCUAGAUCGACCUUUUACGUGCAUCUGCUCCUUUCGGUCGAUCUGAUCCUGGUGCGUAACAAGAACUAACGGCCGUUCUUUUUUUAUCGCUCCGAAUCUAGCUUCUUACGACGCUCCCGAGGAAUAGACCAGCGAUCUAUAUAUCAUCCGCUCUAGCCCUCCUCUUCCCUUUCUUAGCGCCACUGGGAAAACGAACUUCCUUCCAGACCCGCCGCUUUCUUGUCCCCGCUAAUUCUCCUUCCUUCUCGCCCAUUUGAGGCAGGCUUGGAUUCCUCAACACAACCCGCAUUCUCUACAUUCCAUCCACUCCCCAACCUUCGUUGCUGCGACGAUCUUCGCCCCAGCCAUCCGCUGCCCUUGUGGUUUUCAAGAUCUCCCCGCCAGGGCUGCGGCCCCCAUGUCCUGCGCAAUCCCUCGGCUGCUAUCACUGCGUUCUUGUGACGUUUGACCCCACUCUGGCUCUUUAGACUUCAUUGACUCCGAGGAACCACCGCCAAUGGCUCUUGCAACGCCUCCUCGCAAUGUCCACCCGGGAGACCUGCUCCUGGUUGUUCAUGAUUUUGAGGCCCGUGGACCGGAUGAGCUGAACCUGCGUCGUGGCGAAAAAAUUGAGCUGGUUGAAAUGGACGAUGGUUUUGGUGACGGAUGGUAUCUUGGAAAGGAUUUAAACACAGGAACUCAAGGCCUCUUCCCGGGAGUAUACACUACCGCUGCCCCAAAGAUCCCCAUCCGGCAGAAAGACACCCUUGGAUCAAAUUCAUUGAAAACCGACCUCCAUAAUGUAAUGGGACAGGAAAUAUUCGCUUCACCUAUUAGUGGCGAUUCCACGCCCCAAGCUUCGCGACGUGCCAGUACGUCCGAUAUGAGCGCGCCAGAUGUUGAUGAUUCAACGGCCCCGACGCCCUCCCCAAAACAACAGCAGAGGUCCAGCUCCUCGCCCUUGCCGACGUCUAAAAUGGCGAUCGACAUCCAGAAGACCAUCCGACAAUCCAUUGAUGGCCACUUGAGUGGCCAGGACAGUCCGGUGAUGAACGAAACCUUGAGUGUCAUUGAUGAACACAUUACCGAUCUGAGUACACCUCGCCACAGUGUGACUGCCUCUCAAGAUUCCAAGCCGGUGAAUGACUCGGCAAGCGAAUAUAGCAGCACUUUCGAGCACCGGAUGUCUUACAUUAACGGUCAUGAAACCGACGAAGAAGAGGAAAGACAGCCGACGGAGGAAGAAGUUCGCCGAUGGAACCAUUCUGAGACGGCAAAACAUUUACGCCAGUUGGGACUUGAAGCCAAACACUGUGACAUAUUCGAGGAACAGGAGAUUACUGGCGAUGUACUCCUUGAUAUGAACCAGGACUUCCUCUUCAUGAAGGAGUUCGAUUUUGGUGUUAUGGGUCGGAGAUUGAAGACAUGGCAUAAAGUCAAAGCCUUCCAGGAAGAGGUCAAGGGUAUACCGCAGCAGCAAUCGUCUCGCGGCUCAUCUUUUGCGACCCCUCAGGAUGAACGUGCUCCUAGCCGCGCAAGCCAUACUGGCCCUCUCUUUCCCAGAAUCCCCAAUCUAAGAGGGCCCAACGGCCCGACACAACACCCGCGGCUCGUCAGUAGCACUAUGCAGAGUAACACAGGUUCUCCUCUGACAUCACAAGCUCCAGUAUGGAUGGACCACUCUAGAAGACCAUCGGCCGCGUCCAUUCGUGAGAUCAACCAUUCGCGGCGCCAUUCUUCAAUCGACACCACCAACCGAUACUCCGGGGUGGGAGACUCUUCUCCUGCCCGUCACCACAAGAAAAGCUCGUUUGAUCGGGGGUGGACCUUGAAUGGUGCUUCAGGAUCCCAACGGCGUCCCGGGUCAGCUCUCGGAGCAACAAACGAGAUUGUCACCCCACAAUCUGUGUUUCACGUGGCGGAGUCCAAUGGUUCUGACUCGGUUACCGCCGUUACCGAUGAUUUAGAUCGCGGUUACUUUUCGGGCCCGGAGGGAGAUGCCCGAAAGAAUCGGCGCGUCCUACAGAAACGAAGCUCUACCCAUGGCAGUGUUUCCACGCCAUCCAGCAUCCCGGAUGAGCAGUUUCAACUCAAAGUCAACAAACGUCACUCGCGUAUCAAUAGUGCUGAUUCUAUCAGGGAUGCGGCUCAAAUUACACCUCCCGCAGUCAAAGCUUCCCCACCUAAGGGUCGUUUCAGGAGUUUGAGCACUCGAGCUUCGGACCGACAUGGCCAGCAGUCCUCUAACCCGCCAUCUGCGGAAGAGAAGUCUUCUGGCUCUGGAUUCUUCGCCGCAUUUUCGCUGGGAGGGAAAAAUAAUGAGGAGCAGUCUCAACGCUCGAGCACUCUGCCUUUACAGGGGAUCAAGAGCGCUGGGCCUAAAUUCCGACGUGCUGUUGGUUUCCGUGCCAUGUCCGAGGCUGUUAAAGGGAUAGAUACAUCCAUCGCUCCCCCGUCUCCUAGCAAAGAUCCUGAGUCCCCCUCUGCUAGAACAGGAUCGACAACUCCUUCGACCACAAAGAGCUCAGAUCGACAUAGCACGGAUGGUUCGGGCAAGGCUGCAGAAAGUGGUGCUUCCUUGCCACGUGCCCGCACUCUUAGGUCCGGGACUAAGUCGAAGAAGGAUACAAGCGCUUAUACCCAGGGCCUGGAGAAGAAGACCCCGAAGGAGCAGAUGCAAGGGUGCAAUUUUUCGGGGUGGAUGAAGAAGAAGUCCUCAAACCUUAUGACAACGUGGAAGCCGCGUCUCUUUGUGUUGCGUGGUCGUCGUCUGUCGUAUUAUUACUCAGAAGAUGACACCGAGGAGCGUGGUCUUAUCGACAUUACAGCCCACCGCGUGCUUCGCGCGGAUAACGACCCUCUCAUCGCCCUGCAUGCGACCUUGACUGGUUCCACAGCCUCGCCAACCUCGCCGUCUGGGUCUACUGCCGAUGGCCCUUCAUCCGAUAAAGCCUCAGGCUCGGAAUCCUCUCUCCGCGGGUCCAAGCCCGUCGGAGAAGGCCCUUUUUUCUUCAAGCUCGUACCACCAAAAUCGGGCACUUCUCGGACGGUGCAGUUCACGAAGCCUGCUAUCCAUUAUUUCCAGGUAGACAGUAUUCAAGAAGGCCGCUUGUGGAUGGCAGCGUUGAUGAAGGCUACCAUCGAACGGGAUAUGGAACUCCCUGUAGAGACUUCCAAUAAACAGAAGACUGUUAGUCUUAAAGAAGCCCGUCUAAUGAACCAGCGGCCUCCUGCGCUACUACCGACGGCAUCUGCAACGCAGGGAGCAGAGGGGAAAGAGGAACGCUUGACAACCACCACAGAGGAGGAGAGCGGCCUGAUGAUUCAAGGUCUCGGGGAUGAGAAAGUGCCUACCCACGGGGACGAUGACGAACAGAAACGGGUCUCGAGCCCUCUUGGUGACCUUGAUGUCGGCCCGCCCCAUUUGCUCCCUGAAGCAGUUGCAAAGGUAGAUUGAUCGUGUCACUGAGAAGAGAUAGCCGCUGCUUGAUCACACUUUGUUUUACUUGCUUUGAAUGUCGCUGAUCUGUUUGGCGUUAAUGUGAUAUACCCCCAUUUGGAUUAUUUGAUCUCAAGCUUACUGCCGUUUCUCGUUUAAUUUUAUCAAAUAAUAUUGCGCUAGGUCUUCCUUCUAUCGUUGGCUGGCCAGAUCUUCGAGAACAAACCUAAAAACCGCACGAGCUCCAGUAGUCAUCAGUCUUGUAAAUUUAUGCCAAGGGCCAAGAUCU